UGUUGGCAAGUGGUCAGAUAUGUGCUGUAUGUGCUCGUGAAUUUCAGAGCUCAGAUUACUCUGCAGUGGAGGACCAGCAAGCGGGCACAAAUAUGAAGGAGAAGAGUGGAGUUUUUCUGGCGUGGAAAGUGUUGCUGGUGGGGAUGUGUGCGCUGCUGCUCCUGAGCUCGGCAGGUUUACUCUUCCUGCUGGUUCGACAGAAAGAGCUGACGGAGCAGCUGGUCAGGUUGGAUGCCCAGAUGCAGGUGCUGUCCCAGAGCUGCAGGCUGCAGACAGGAGUCCUGGCCGUGGAGCCCACAGAAGCUGCAGAGCUGAAGAAGCUCCAACGCAGCAGAAGAAACCAGGAGGGAGAAGCAACGCAAAGCCAAGACGAGAAGGAAAUGCUGAUGCUGAUGACGUACUCCAUGGUUCCUAUCAAAGCCUUUAUAGAGCUGUGUAAUAGCUCCAGAAGAGUUUGUUUAACAGGCCCACCUGGACCACCAGGUUUGCCUGGUAGAGCUGGUUCACCAGGACCACAGGGUGUGCCCGGGCCGCAGGGGAGAAAAAGAGGAAGAAGAGGACCCCCUGGUGAAAAAGGAGAACCAGGACCUAAAGGAGACCCUGGGCCUCCCGGACUGAAAGGUCCUCCUGGUCGGAGGGGUCCACCAGGUCCAGCAGGCCCACCUGGUCCAAUCUGCCCUGCUUGUUAUUCUAAUGAAGUGAGAAACAAGACCAUCGGAGAACACAUCUAUCAAACCAACAUGCUGAUGGAUUCAUCUCCUUCCCUGACCGAUGUAGAAAACAGCAGCUCAACAAUCAAACAGACUGAAUCACCAACACCACACCCAGCUGAUGAGGGCAGAGAUGUAUUGAAUGUUACUGAUUCUGAAAAACCUCGAGACACAAGUACGGACUCUGAGUCAGUAGUUCAUCCAGAGUACAGCUACGACGCCUUAAAUGAUACCAACACAGAGAAUGUCACAGAGGCACCAGUUCGAUUAUUAACAGCCCCAAUUUCUCCAGACCAAAACAAUGACGCCAUCAAUGGAAACGCAAACAUUAAUGAUACAACCGUGCAAAGUGAGUUAGUAUCACCUCGUCCAGACUAUAUGCAUGACACGUGGAUUGAAACCAGCGCAGAGACUGUUACAGCGGCAUCAAUUCACUUAUUAACAGUGUUACCAACACCACAUCUAGCUCAAGAAGCCAGAGAUGUUUUUAAUGUUACUCACUCUGAGAAACUUCGAGAUACAGCUAAGGAAUCUGAGUCAGUAUCAUUUCACAAAGAUGACAACCAAGACACCCUGAACAACACAAUGAAUGUUACAGAUGGACCAAUUCAAUUAUUAUCAGCUCCACUUUCUGCGGACCAUAAUAGUGACGCUGUCAAUAACAGUGGAACCGUUAGUGAUACACCCAUGAAAAGUGACUCUUCAUAUUCACCCCGGAAAAAUAACAAGCUAAAUUUGACUAGCAACGAAAUAUGGACUAAAACCGAAUCACCAACUCUCCAUCCAGCUGACAACAACAGAGAUGUGACUGACUCUGAGAAGCUUCUAAAAAACACAAAAAUGGAAGCUGAGUCAGUAUCAUUUGAUCAAGACAACAGCCAUGGCACCUUGAACAAUAACAAAAGAGAAACUGCUACAGAGGCCCCAAUUAAAUUAUUAACAGCUCCACUUUCUGCGGACCAAAACAGUGGAACCAUUAGUGUUACACCCAUGAAAAGUGAAUCACCAACUUCACAUCCAGCUGACAACAACAGAGAUGUGACUGACUCUGAGAAGCUUCUAAACACAAAUAUGGAAGCUGAGCCAGUUUCAUUUCAUAAAGAUGACAGCCAAGACACCCUGAACAACACAAUGAAUGUUACAGAUGGACCAAUUCAAUUAUUCACAGCUCCACUUUCUGCGGACCAAAACGAUGACGCUGUCAAUAACAGUGGAACCAUUAGUGAUACACCCAUGAAAAGUGAAUCACCAACUUCACAUCCAGCUGACAACAACAGAGAUGUGACUGACUCUGAGAAGCUUCUAAACACAAACAUUGAAGCUGAGUCAUUUCAAGACGACAGUCAUGGCACACUGAACGAUACCACAAGAGAAAAUGCUACAGAGGCACCAAUUAAGUUAUUAACAAACUCACUCCACCCACUCCAGACCAACAACCAAAUCAAUGUGACAACCAAUGAGAGGAGAAAAACUGAGUGCAACAUUAGAACUAUUAAAUGUCCGGAGAAAGCCAUCAAAAUGCAAAGCACAUUCGGAGCCUGGAUGUCCGAUGCAUCAUGGCAGGAUGAAGGCCGAUACUGGUUGGCCGAUCAUUUUUCAGGUCGACAUUUGGUAGAGCUCAGGAACAUUUCGUCAUUACAGGAUUCAAGCAACAAAAAUAUUGAUGUCAGGAGGUUCUUCCAGGGCUGUGGUCAUGUUGUCUACAAACAGUCAUUUUACUUUCACAAUGCAGGAACAAACAGACUUAUGAAAUUUGACCUGAACACCAGUAGAACAAACACCCUGAUCAUGGAAAACAGCAGAUAUCACCAACUGGCUUAUCUUUUCCCCAACUCAAAGACGUAUUUUAAGUUUGCUGUGGAUGAAAACGGACUGUGGGUCAUUUUUGCAUCAAAUACAGAUAAUGAUACGAUGGUUGCAAAGAUUAACCCUGACACAUUCAUUGUGGAGUUAAUCAUUAACACUCGCUACCCUACAACUAAAGCAGGAAAUGCUUUCAUUGUAUGUGGGGUGCUAUAUUUUACAGAUGACAAAGACAGAAGAGUUACAUAUGCCUUUGAUUUAAAGAAAGAGAGUCCUCUGGAUGCAAGCUUUGAUUUAAGGCCAGCUUACGGCAUCUUGGCUAUGCUGUCAUAUUAUCCCAACAAAAAGCUUCUGUAUAUGUGGGAUAGCAUGAGUGUGAAAAUCUGCAAAGUAAAAUUCAAAACAACCUAGAAAUAACCACAAACCUUGUAAAAUUAGUAAUAAAGUUAUUCUUUAAAUCUCA